AAAACAAACAAACAAACAAACAAAAAAAACCCAGAUAUUAUCAGUAGGGCCUCCUAGUGGUGUUGGUAGUUGCCAUUCUUGCAUGUUAUGAGUUUAAAUGCUGUAGAUCAGGGAUUCCUCGAGCGGGGUCCAUGCACCGCUGAGGGUUCAUAAGCUGCCACUAGGUGGUGCAACAACAUCCAGGCUUCGCCUAAAAUAGAACUCAUUAACUUUAAAGAUUCUACUAAUAGUUAAAUGUACUUUUUCAAUAGCUUUAUAAUGGCUUUCUUUAGAGUAAAAUGUAGUUGUCAUUAUUUGUGCCACAGAUAUUUAACACAUUUUUUAAAUAGAAAAACAGAGCAAUGAGAAUGUAACGUUCACAUUCUCUGAGACAUAAAGAACUACACAAAUGUUUCCUUAAAUCUCUCCACAGAUUUAACUGCAAAAAUGUCAGUAAAUGGAGAUUUUUGUGUUGAACUAAACAUUUUUCCUGUUUCUCAGACCUAUAUCUGUUAGAGAUAUGGUUUGUAUCACUUACUCAGUCUAUUUUAGUCUCUAUUUUAAAGGAUCUUACAGUGACGAGCCCGAGUAUCUCUGCGAGUCAUUACAGUUGAGGAAAUAAAUGUCCACUUUAUACAAGUUGGCGCUUGAAAUAAUGUUACGCAAUAACAAUGUUAAGCAGGGCAAGUGCUUCUUGUAACAUCAUUCUUUCACAUAAUUUUUUUUUCAGUUUGUUUGGGGCGCGGCCGUACUGCGACCCAGAGUUCACUCAAGUUAAAUGGACACAUGCGGCCUACUUUUCCUAAUCUUCUCAAACCUAUGUUAGGGAGAGAGAGGCAGACGGAGGGGGGAGGGGGAGCACAAAGGGGGCAAUGAGAGACGAUCCAUUUCUCCUUGCAGGUUUGUUAAUGCUGCUGUUCCUGUGCCAAUGCGCAAACACCCCACACUGUCGGAUGGGAUGGGACUCCCCCCGCCUCCCAAACCGAGGCUGCGCUCGGAGCGAUCAUGCGUUUGAAUGACGAGCGCGUCAUGCUCGUCUUCCUCCUCUCCUGCACAGUGCGAUCGGUGGCUCUGUGUUCCGCGAUCCCCCGGGAUACUGUACCGCCCUCCAUGGCUCUACUGUCGGCGUUUCGCACACACUGAAUGGCUGUCUGGAGCAGGAGCGGGGAAAAGUGCGGAGAGAGAGCGCUGCGUCGCCUCCUCUGAACCCGCCGCUCUCUUUACAUCAACUUCCCGGCCAGGGAGACCCUUCAGUGGUGUGCGAAGGCGCACCAUGGCCCAGACUCUUCAGAUGGCGAUCCCAAACUUCGGCAACAACAUUUUAGAGUGUCUGAAUGAGCAGCGACUUCAGGGCCUCUACUGUGAUGUGUCCGUGGUGGUCAAAGGUCAUACUUUUAAGGCUCACCGGGCUGUUCUGGCUGCCAGCAGUUCUUAUUUCCGGGACCUUUUCAGCAGUAACUGCAGCAAUGGUGUAGGUGGAUCCAACAAUGAGCCCAGCCCGACGGUUGUGGAGCUCCCACCUGCAGUCCAGCCCCAGAGCUUCCAGCAGAUUCUAGCUUUCUGCUACACAGGCCGUCUGAGCAUGACUGUGGGGGACCAGUUUCUUCUCAUGUACACUGCUGGCUUCCUGCAGAUUCAGCAGAUCAUGGAAAAAGGCACUGAAUUCUUCCUCAAGGUCUCCUCCCCGAGCUGCGACUCCCAGGGCCUUCAUACAGAGGAGGCUCCGCCCUCUGAGCCUCAAAGCCCCGUCACUCAGACCAAUAACAAUGCAACGCGACCUGUGUCCUGCCUAACCCCGCUGCCUUUGGUGUCGAGAGUUAAGGCAGAGCAGCCGGCCAGUCAGCCAGAAGCCGCCACUCCCUAUUCGGUGGUGUGCACCCCUGUGGCCAAGCGGCUGUGGGAGGGCAGCAGCAGCCGGGAUGGAGGUGGGGUGGGCUCAGUUGGAGGGGGGGGUGCUCGGAAAGCAGCUCGUUAUUCCCAGGAGGCAGUGCGUGGCAGUGCCAUCCAGAGCCCUGGGGGCCUCGGCCUGGCCGUGGGUAUGAGUGCCACAGCGACGGGCAUGGCGUCCGGUGGCGGGCUAAGUGGAAAUGCCAGCACAAAUGGAAACUCCACAGCAGGACUGGGCAUGUCAGAGGGCGCCAGCCCCGGCACCCUGAGUACCUACACUAGUGACUCACCCAUCAGCUACCAUGAUGAUGAGGAGGAAGAAGAGGGGACCGAUGAAUGUGCCGAAGAACAAUAUCGGCAAAUCUGUAACAUGUAUACCAUGUACAGUAUGCUCAACAUGGGAGCUGCAGCUGCUGGCGAGCGUGUGGAAGCUCUACCAGACCACACAGAGACGCGGGGUAGGAUGAGAGGCAGAGAUCUGACGUGUCUGCCCGCGGAGCUCAUCGCACAGAUAGGCAACCGCUGUCACCCUAAACUCUACGAGGAUGGAGACCCUGCUGAGAAACUAGAGUUAGUCUCAGGAACGUCUGUGUAUAUAUCACGAGCCCAGCUAAUGAACUGUCAUGUGAGCGCAGGGACCAGACACAAGGUGCUGCUGAGAAGACUGCUGGCUGCUUUUUUCGACAGGAACACUUUGGCCAAUAGCUGCGGCACUGGCAUACGGUCAUCCACCAACGACCCGAGCCGCAAGCCGCUGGACAAUAGAGUCCUGCAUGCAGUUAAAUUUUAUUGCCAGAACUUUGCCACCAGCUUCAAAGAGAGCGAGAUGAACGCCAUCGCUGCUGACAUGUGCACCAAUGCCCGGCGUGUGGUCCGCAAGAGCUGGAUCCCAAAGCUGAAGCUACUGAUGGCAGAGAGCGACGCUUAUUCCGCUUUCCUUCCUGACGGCGUCAAGACGGAGGAGGAUGCCCUGGGCGCUGAUCAGGCGUUCGACCCCGCCUCCCUGGAGGGAGCUGGCAGUACUGGUGGAGUGGAGUCGGGCGGCUCUUCAGGUGAAUCUCUACCAGGUGUUGGUGGAGACGGAGGACCAUUAUUUUAAACACUGUGUUGGGGGAAGUUUGAAAUGUGGUGACACACACGUACACACACACACACAUGUGCGCACACACACACACACACCAGUACACCCCAGUUCUGCUUGCCGCCUCACUCUUUAGCCCACACUGAUAUCUACCAUAUGACUGUCUAUGCUACAUGCUGGGGUUGGUUUUAACCUGACGUAUAAAAAGACUUUGGACAAAGGUGAGGAAUGAGAGAGAGAGAGUUGGCGUCACCCUAACCGAUCUCUGCCUCCCCCUUUGUGUGUUUUUGAAGUGUGUACAAACAGCCACUGUUGAUAAAUGAAUACAUUCCCUGACAUGCAGGCGUCUGGGGGAACUUUGGUGAAGCCUAGAGGAGGAGACGAGGGAGUGAUGAGCAAUAGAGGUGGCAAAAAAAUAUUGAAUGUAAGUGUCGACGUCAGUGUCGGCGUUCUCCAUCCCUGACUGACACCACGUGUUCCAGAGGACUGGGCUCCACUGACAAAGGAUUUGGAGUUAAAAAAACACGAACACUACUUGUUCUUCCUCCUCUCCCAUCUUCCACACGUCACCCUGCAAGUAUUCUUUACUCCACAUAACCUCCCUGCGGAUCGCCGAGUCCCAUCCAAGCGUUUCACUGUGCAGUGUCUUACACUAGUAGAUCUUCUCCUCCUGGUUUCCUCAUUUUUAGCACGUUUGUCUGUGAACUGAAACGUGAUCCAGAGACGAGGGAAAAGCUUUUUACCGAGAAGAUUGUAGAGACGUUUGAAUUGGCAGCAGGUAAUCAGAGAGGGUCAUGUUAUUUUUCAAAGACAAACUAUAUUUAUGUAUGAUAGCCCAUGCCUGGUAUGGUGUGAAGGACGUAGAGAGUGAAAAGGUUUGUUUUAAAAUCUGGAUCUUCAUGUUUUAAUGAACGAGGUCUUGUCAAACAAGGAGAUGUGAUUAUUUUUGCAAGAACGCACUCUCGUCAUUGGUCCCACGGUGGUGGAUUUUUUCUGUUUUGUUUUUUUUUCAUUUGUAAGCGCAGUGUGAUGGAAUGGGCAGUUGAACUGCUACUUUUGAAAACAUUUCAUCGUCUGUUUGCAUAAACGAGAUCGAAGGCUCGACCUGUUAGGUUUGGAACGAGCAGCGUUCACCUGCAGAAAUAGGAAGAAGGCUUUGUGGAUCUAACAGUUUAUUUUUUUAAUCAUACUAAUAUUAUUGAAACAGAAAAGGACUGCUGACAUUUUAUGGAAUAAUAGUGGAAUAGUAGAAUGUGCCUUUAAUUAAAAACGAUAUCAGUACCAGAAGCUUAGUGGAAGUCGUCACAUCAUAGAGAAGAGUUUGCCAGAGUCAGACAGGUUUUAUGGUACAUGCCAUGUGAGGCGUACUCUCCAUCUCCAUGUUUGGCCUGUGUUUAUACUGGUAUGUAGUUUAUUUACGUGUCUACUAUGCCACCUUAAGUGUGGAAACUCCGAACAGGUUGAGUUUCUUUGGAGUUAGAGCUAGGAUUUUUGCACCCUCCGUGAGAGGAGGUGCAGGUUCCCGCACCUUAAUGACAAGAACCAGUGGUUUGUGCACCUUUUUAGAAAUGAAAAAGAAAAUGUGUGUAGCAUUUGAAUCCCUUUAGGUGAAAUUUGUUUUUUUGUUUUUUUAUGUCCUUGUCUGCCCUGUGUUCCUCGCCUAGAAACGUGGCACAAAAGUCCUAUUGUAAAUAACCACCCAGACUGUUGAGUCGUGUCCCAAGUGUUGCUGGAUGUGUGAUCGUGACGUGUUGGAAAAAUCUCCCUGAGUGGAUGGUGACUUCCUGAAGGAAGAAUACGAGUAGAUUUGAAAGUUGUUUUUUUUUUAAUUCUGGUUAUAGGUUAAUUCAUGACUGAGGAGAAACAAAAAAAACUGACCGAGUGAUGUCUCUCUGAAAAAAGAUUCAUUUUUCUAGAGACUGACACGGUUCAAAGUAAAAAGUAACUGAAGUUGAAUCGAUUGAUCUGAUUUUGACCUUGUGAGGUAGAGCUCUCUCUACUUUAAUAUUAUUGUUAUUAUUUGUUUUGGAAUGAGUUCAUUAAGGUGCUUUGACAGGGAGCAUUGGGGAAAGAACAAAAAAAAAUGCAGUACUUGUAAGUAUAAUGACAAUAAAACCUCAAAUUUGCAUUUGACUGUAGAUGCCAAACAGGCACCGCCCCCUUACCUCCCCCACCUCUUACCUCCUGAGUAUGUUUGAAGACUGUUGUGCUUCCUGUCCUUCACGCAGCUGGUGUCGUGUUUCACUUCCACAAACGCAUCCAUGUGUGUGUUCCACAGAGAGCGCUUCUGCACGAAAACAAACAAAGAAAAUUCAUGUUUUUGUGACAUUUUCCAUGACUACAUUUCUUCGUGGCUCAUACUUUGUCGGUCAUCGUCAGUGAAGUGGUCUGCUUCGAUAUCACAUGACGUUACAGCUAAAAACCUCAGCCGGUUAAAACUUGAAUAUUUUCACACAACUGAAAGCCCCAGAACUCAUACCUCAGAGAUUGUAGUUUAAAUGCGGAGAGCACGGUCUUCCCAGGGCCGUCGGACUUAUGCAUACGGUUUUGUGACAUCGCUGAACAAUGGCGGUUUCUUUAUCAAGUAUAAUUUUAGUUGAACCGGGAAAGCCUCACUUUGAAUAAAUAUCUGUUUUGACUGAGGGUCAGGACGGGCGGCAUUUCAUUGGACGAGGUUGGAGACAGUUUAAAAAAUAACCAACACAUAUCACAAAUGACAACGGUUUUCACAUGAAGUGUCCAAAC